CCUCCUACAGGUUCACCGUGCUCCUCUUCAACUGCCUCCUCACCUUUGGCUCCUACUUCUGCUUCGACAUCCCCAGCGUCCUGCAGGAGCAGCUCCAGGGGAACUUGACCUGCCCCAAUGAAACCCAUCGUAACGGCACCGGGCAUAAUAGCACGCUGGACUGUGUGGAAGGCUUGGGAAUGACACCUGCACAAUACAAUUUGCUGUAUGCCAUCUAUGCUUGGACAAAUGCAGUAGUGGUUAUUCUGGCUGGAUUCCUGAUUGACAAACUAGGAAAUCGCUUUGGUGUCUUUGUUUUCUCUCUUCUGAACGUCUCAGUCUUUGCUCUAGGCUCACAUUUCAAAGGGUCGCCAUACCUCCUACCAAUGAUGCUAACAGGAAGACUGCUCUUUGGCUCUGGGAAUGGUUCACUAACUAUUGUGCAGAAUCGUAUCACAGCCUUCUGGUUCAAGGGGAAGGAACUGGCGCUGGCAUUUGGACUGACUCUGUCUUUCUCCCGUCUUGGGAGUGUCCUCAACUUCUUCUUCACCCAGCAGUUUGAGGCAAAAUUUGGAAUGCAGUGGACACUCUGGGGAGGUACCCUGCUCUGUGUGCUUGGUUUUGUUUCAGCCCUCACAGUCAGUGUACUAGAUAAAGUGGGCAUCAAGCAACUGGGCUUGGAUGGGGUUAUCCAGCAAGAAUCAAAAAAAGUGCGGAUUCAGGACAUCCGGCACCUUCCCCUUCGCUACUGGCUCCUGGUCCUCACCAUCAUGUUCUUCUACAACGGAGUCUUCCCCUUUGUGGCAGAUGCCAGCAAGUUUAUCCAGGAUAAAUAUUCUGGUUACAGUCAGCAGGCAGCUGCUUAUAUUGCUGGGGCAGUGUACGACAGCUCCCUUGUUCUCUCUGCAGCAGUUGGCGUAUUAAUUGACCACGUUGGACUGAGAGGCAUCUUUGCUGUUGGCUGUGCUGCAUUGACUCUGCCGGUCUUUGCUCUCCUGGCAUUUACGUUUGUUCCUCCGUUAGUCUCCACCAUCUGGUUGGGGAUCACGUACUCCUUUGCUGCUGCUAGUAUGUGGCCAUCCAUACCUCUUGUGGUCCCCCAAGCAACUUUAGGGACAGCUAUGGGGCUUGCAGCUUCUGUGCAGAUGAUUGGAGUUGGCCUUUCGAGUCUGAUUUUUGGACACAUCCUAGGAACAAAGUCCAGUGAACUGAAGAUUCCUCUGUGGCGCUGGCAACAGAUGAUGAUCUUUAUGCUGGCAAACACUGUUGCAUGCAUUGUGGCCUCUGUUACCCUCAACAUUGUGGACAAGAAACAG